GGUGUCAACAAAGAGAAAAAUGAAAGAAAAUCGAAAAAUAAUCCAGACACCUGCAAAAUGAGAUGGAUUUUGGGUUUAGGGCACCACGAAAGAUGAUAAUUCAAUGCUAUGGGAAAACUUAAGUGCUUCGAAAUUGUACUGAAUGAGAAUAAGACCGUAUAUCACCCAGGGGAACGAGUUUCAGGGCAAUGUGUUGUGGAGCUAAAAGGAGACAUGAGAAUGCGCGCUCUGCGCGUAUUCAUGCGAGGUGUUGCAAAGGUGCAUUGGACAGAAUCUCGAAGCACCGGCACACGAUUAGGUUCUUACACAGAACAUUACAAUGCUGAGGUUGAAUACUUUUAUAAGAGACAGGUGCUAUUUGGAGGAGAUAAUCCUAUUGUCCGUGAAACACUCACUGAAGGUCGCCAUGAGUUCAAUUUUUCCUUUGAAUUACCAAUGGGGGGGAUAUCUACCUCUUUUGAAGGUAAACAUGGGAGUGUACGAUAUUGGUUGAAAGCUGAGAUGGACAAACCAUGGUCAUUUAACCACAAAACAAAGAAAGCUUUUACUGUGAUUAGCCCUAUAGAUAUCAACAAACCUGAAUACCAGAUACCAGUAGAGAACAGUGUAGAGAAGACCCUCUGCUGUUGGCUGUGUACGUCAGGUCCUAUCUCAAUCAGUGCUCGAACAGACAGAAGAGGAUACUGUCCUGGUGAAUCUAUAGCCAUUUCUGCCGAUUUUGAGAAUCAUUCCUCAAGAACAAUCAUCCCUUAUGCCACAUUGCAUCAAACUCAGACAUUUUUUGCUAACGGCAAGUCACGGGUUAGAGGAACCAAGUUCACAGUUCUCACAGGUCUGCCAGUUUCCCCAGGGAGUAGAGCAACAUGGGAUGCCCAACUUCUCAAAAUCCCAGCUGUCUCACCAUCUGUCAUGAACUGCUGUGUGAUAAAAGUGGAAUAUUAUGUUAAGGUGGCAUUGCACAUCCCAGGAGCCUACAAUCUGUCCCUUCACCUGCCCAUUGUCAUUGGUACUGUUGCGUUCAGGCGCAUCUCACCCCACAUCAUGACUGAUCCAAUGGUGCUACGCGAUGCAAACAUAUCAUAUUUUGGAAACCAGCUAUUGCCAGCUCCUCCCCCUUAUAGGGAAACGCCCACUCCGCCGCCUCCUUUUGAUGAUCCACCAACAUAUGCAGAAAGUAUUUGUGGUGCUGUGAAUAUCCAGGAUGACGACGACGAUGACGGCCUGGGAACCAUGGGAGAUUUGACCUACACACCAAUGUAUACUUACGUCUAUGACUAUCGUUACAGACCACCACCAGCUUAUUCUGAGCAUGCCCCGGAGACCUUCGAAGAACCGGAAGGGGAUGGGGAUGAUGCCCAUUUUAUACCUAUCCACUUUCUAAUGGUUCUCGACUAAGUAAUCUUCCAACGUAAAGAGAUUGAUCCGAAUCCAUUGCAUGACACCACAAGCAGUUCCGCCAAUGCUGUCGAGGGUGGUAACAGCUAGGACUAAGAGUGAGGGCGUGAAGGCUACCACCACUGUGCCAGUCUUAGCCACACAGAAUCUAAUGAUAUUUACCCCCAAGUUUGGGGCCUUGUGGACGACCCCCUUAGUUGGGGUUAUGAGCUGCUAGAAGCUGAAUUUUGCAUAGAGUGGAACCUGUGUUCGGUGGACAGAUCUUCAGGGCUCGGCAGAAUGAAGAAUUGAGCGAUUCUGGACGAUGGCAGUAGAAAGAUUCAUAAGAUCAGAAUAUGGAAAGUUAACCAGGAUUGUUUCUAGGCAUGUGAACACUUGGUUUUCAGGAUUGAAUUGAUCCUACGGAUCACGAUUGGAACUCUUUCAGAACGAAGCUACUUUAUUGCAACUUGCUUGUUCAAAUGGCGCUUGGUAGAAAUCGGUUGAAACUUAAAAACUGUUCCGUCUGUUGGCAGCAGUUACUUAAAUGGUUUUGAUGUUUUGUUUUUGUGGUCUUGCAUGUUGAGUUCUGUCCAGGUGUGUUUGUUUGUGCAGAUUUAAGUGAUAGGAAUCGCCCGGCUAAUCAACACUGCCUCAAUACUCGUACAGUUCAGUUCCGAGUUUUUUCCACACGUCUUUUGCAUCCCUGAGAUAAGAGACUUACUAAAGAGAACUGAGGGUGUGCUAAUUAGCCAAGCUGGGGAUAGUAAUUUAACAUGUUAAAUAAACAGCAGCCCAUGGGUAUAACCAAGAUUGUAACAAUGCUGUUGUCCUUGAUUUGUGACUUAACUUAUACAGGGUGUUACAAAUGGUCAGUGCGUAACAUUUUCCACUCUGGUUUUGCGUUCUCUAUGUUGAGCUUUAAGAAAGAAACAGAUUUGGACAAACAGGUUUUGAUCCCUGCAUUAUUAUCAAAAUGCCUCAUAAUAUGCUGGUUAUGAAGAAGAAAGAAAUUGCAAUGUCAGCAUGUCUGGGUAUAUUUGGGCAAGUUAGUUUAAGUUGACAAUAAUUGAUCUUUUUAUCAUGUAGAUCUAGGCUCAUUAUAGUAUGCCUAAUCCAUUUUGCUUUGCGUUGACAAAUGGGCUUGAUAUCAAAACCAUGUCGCACUUAUGAAUCAUGACUAUAAAAAUUGGCCUACAUUCACAAAGUUCGGUAAAAGCUCACUUACAGAAGCACUAAUACUUUUGUUUUAUGGCAAUUCAGCAUCUCCAGAAGGUCGUUUGUGUAUGAGACGGGCUUGUUAGAAUGGUAAGCCACACAGGUAUAUCUGUUCCGUUUGGAACUUGUCUGUUUAGAUGUUGUGCCAGACUGUCUGAAUGCUGUCAUAUAUUAACAAUGUAUCUAUAUCAUUGGUUUCAAUAUAGUAUUAUGAUGUAAUAAGUGUGAAAUAGACAAGGAUUGCAUGUACGAAAUUGAAUCAUCCCUUCAUUUUCUGAAGGGAUUUAGAAGAACAAUUUUAUAUCGAAUUAAUAUAUCGUCCAUUUAUAGUCUCGGGAGAUGUUAGUGAGAUUCUGAACACAUGUUGUAGUACUUAUUUUGGAAUUAAUAUUUGCUUUGUCACUCAUUGCAUAAUGUCAAUACCCUGGUUUCCAGACAUAUUCGAAAACUACUUGGUUAAAUCCUGGUAGUUUUCCAAUGUUCUUUUGUCUCUGAUAAACAAAUUGACACAUCUUCUGAAAAUAAUCUUUGCAAAAGUUGAUCUUCACAACAGAAAGAAAGAGGAGAAAUGGCAUUAAUUCUUAAAAUAUUUAUGUUUGCCAGUGAAUUCUGCAUGGUUCAUCGUGUUUUGUCACAAACCUCAGUCCAUGCUGGAGCCGUUGGACGACUUAGUAUGGUCUGCUUGGGAGCUUAUUCUUAUUUUUGAUCACAUGUAUUUAUACACCGAAUUUAUAUGAUGCACUUCAUGACAUUGAAUUUGUAUCACAUGGAACGUGUGUGUCAUGCAUCAAAUUUGUAGCCUUUGUUGUUUUAUAUAGAGUACCAGUAUCAUGCCUGUUGCUGUGAAAGAAGUGAUGUAUGUGUACUGUGUUUAGAGUUCAAGUUGGUGUUUUCAUGCGAUGUAUAUGGGCAUCGGCUUUAGCGUGUUGGAUUGUGAUUGUGUUUGUGCCAUUUGUGUCAGCACCACAGCAUUUGUUUACCAUAUGCUAGGUGACAACAUAACCAGGCCACCUGGCUGAAGUGACCCACUCUCUGAGCACAUUGCCUUGGCAUAAGAUGAUUUUUUAGAAAAGAUGGCAGACAAUGCCUUAACCCAGAGUUGCCAUGGGAAGGGCAACAUGAGUAAUCUAACACGCUAUUGGUGAACUUAUGUUCAUCAGUCAAUUGUACUUGUAAGUCAAUACUUUCUCUAAAAACAAAUCGUAUGAAGGCAAAGUUUAACCGUGUAUUUUGGGAAAUUUUGAAUGAGAAUUCUGGUGUAAACAUCAAAAGUGCUUCAUACAAAAUUAUGCGUAUCUUUGUAACACGUGUCUCGAACAGAAAUUUAGGAUUCAAUUACAAAAAAGGGCCGAGAUUUGUUAAAAGCGACAUUGAUUUGUUUGACCUUAUUGUGACUUUGUCAUAUCGUAUCAUUUUCAUUUCAUUUCGUUUCAUUGAAGUGUUAGGUGAGAAAGUCAAAAUUUGUAAUCGUGUUGACUUGUGUACAGUAUAAUCUAUAACAGCGUUAAAUUAUUAAAAAUUGUAUCAAAAUGUGUAAAUGCCUAUCAUUUAUAGCUGUGACGAAGGAUAUAUUAUAGUAUCCUUGCUGUACUGUGUAUAUUGUAGUGAGACUAUUUGUGCGCACAAAUUUUUUGUACUAAGCAGCAUGUCAAAAGUUGCAUUGUGUACGGGAGGAAAAUCUUCCUUCGAGAUUUUUAUAAAAUUUGUCUGUUGAUUAUAGAAGGCAUAUUUGAGGCGAAAAAGAUUCUGACAGGAAAAACAUGUAUGUGCUUGAAUUUGGGAAAAAUGACACAGGUAUUGAUGGCAUUUGGCUUGUUCAAACAGCCUUGUAGCUUCCUUUAUUUGACCUAGGAUAGUUUUGACAACUUGAGUGAGGACUAUGAAGCUAAUGAAGCGAUCCUAUGUCACUUCAAAACUUUGUGUCCAAGUGACACGUGGCAAGAUGACUCCUAUGUUAAGGAGUGGGAAUGAAAAAUGUGUAUGUGUACAGUACUUGUGAAAUUAUUGAAUUUGUCCUGAUUUAUUCGUCCAAGUUUCUUGUAGCACCAUUAUUUAGCUCGAGUUUGUUUAAUGUUGGAUGUUUGGCGUAGUUGCCCUCGAUGGGGACGUAUUUAGUUGCCUUGGGCAUUUCAGGCUUUUUGCCAACUGUGACUUAGCUUUAAUAUUUGUGGGCUGGAUCCAUUCACUGACGACACCAAUCUAUGAAAAUUGGAAAUCAAAAGAAAAUGUGGUAAUCAUUAUCAGUCAUUAAUUGAUUAAUGAAGGACUGUUGUCCUCCCUGAUAAGAUACACAAAGUUUUGACAAUAUGUAGUUCUCCUUUAGCCUGAAAUUGGUUUGGGGAUGGUGUUAUCUUCCUGUGGAAGUAACAAUUAUUUCUGAGAUUAAUUUUCACUACGGCCACUAGAGUUAUUUGUGAUAGAGCAGCUUAAACCAAACGGCAAUAUUUUCAUGCUUAUUUAGCUCAGAAAUCUCAUGACCAAAAAAUUGUGCAAUGAACAGAUAUUUACUUAAAUAUGUAUCGCUUACUUUUGCAAAGUUGGCACGGCCGCACUCGUGUCUGACAAUUUGAUGUCAGUGCAACUUAUAGCAAUGGGCAUUUUUUCACAUUAUCACCUAGUUGACUGCAUUCGAGUUCACACUAGCCAAGAGAUCUGUUUAGUACUGGAAAGAUAGUGAUCUGACUUGGCCACAAGACAUGGCUUGAAAUUUUACGUUAGCGAUUUUCAUCAUGAAUCUUGCGCAAUCCAGAAUCUGUGUGGUUUGCUUUCCACAUAUUUUUUGCUCCACGGGGGAAAUCAUGAUGAAAUUUGACAUAAUUUUUUUUGGGACACUGGACAUUUCAGCAUGAGUUUAUAUCAAAAAUGGGUUUUGUAUUGGAAUUGCAUGUAUAGUGAUUUCAUUUAACCUUUACACCCCCACUUUCAUGUAUGGACUUGUCUGGUGCAUUAGCUAGAAGAGUCCAGACAGAAAAAUUUGGGUGAAAAGAUUGAUAAAAAUGGAAGUUUGGUGUUGAAAUGUUUGUGGCUGGAUCAGGCUUGGUUUGAGCCAAACACUGGUGUUAAAUGCACAUCCUGACGCUGUACAUAAGAAAUGGAGUUAAGAACUGUUUGAGUGACACAGACUUUAAUAAAAACACACCAAAUGUCAAGGUAUCACCAACAGCAGUGUUAAUGUACCGUUAACACCAGUGUUAGUUGGGAACACUGUUUGAGCUUGAACCAGUUAAAAGGGGGCCAGUAGUGACUUGUGAUGUACAGCUUCGUCAGUUGUGUUCCUGCUAAAAUCGAACAAGCAUUUAUUUGUCUAGUUUAUUUUUUGUAAUUGUUUACAGAUUCUAAUUUUUAUUCUUGAGUUUUUGUGUUUGGGCUGCCAUAUUAAGAUAGCUGUUGAGUGGGCUGGAACAUCACUGUUUGUAUAAAAUAUGUAUGAUAAUAUUUAUGAUAACAAGAAUGAAUAAAGACUAGUCUUUAUCAAUUCUUGACUAGUCUUUGUCAAUUCUUGAUUAUAUUAUAAUCUAGAUAUUAACACUGUUUUGUAGUGAAUUAUGUACAUGUAUAGUCAUGAGUAAUUUGUACCCAAAAUCAUGACAGUAUCCAGAGCAGAUUUGUCCGAGAGAAUUGUUUGGUGCUUUGGACUUUGUGUUUGUGUAGAUUGUUAAACACUGAAUAAUACAUCAGUGCUAGAACUAGUGCUUAGGGCUUGACAUUAGGGGGUUGUAAGAUUAAAAACUGGAUUUGAACAUAUAUGUUCAUAAAUACAAUGUAUUUUCCAUUUGGACUUAAAAUUCUGGUAGAGUGGUGUUGCUUGAUGCAUGGCUUUUGAAAUAGCACCACAAAUGGCUUACAUACUGGGAACCCAGAUUGCAUUUAAGAGCACGACAAAUGGCUUAUAGAUACAUGGAUCACAGAAUGCGAGGGCGAGUUAUGUGUCAUGGGUGGACACACCGAAAACCUUCUUUGUCUGGUAAAGACUGCAUUGAGCCAGUGUCACAAUUCUGAAUUGGAGGAGAGCGUGAAAGAAACUGCUAACCCACACGGAAGUCAUUUCAAGAAAAUUGACAUUUACUUUUUUUUGUGCACUUGCCGUGUCACACAAUUGACGGCAAGGACAUCAUCUGACUUCAUCCAGUGCUUCACGGGGUCUUGCUCUCAUUGUGACUGACUUUUUUGGCGGUUUCAAAAAAAAAUUCAAAAGAGACCCCGCAUAAAGCAAUGCUUUUGAUUUAAUGCAGAAAGGGUAGUCUGACAAACAAAAUUUUAUCAAUAACUAUUUCACCAAAAGUAUGAGUAACAGGGUUUUUUCGCCAUGCCUCCAAUUAGAACAGUGGCUGCUAUUUAAACUUUGGAUGUUUUUUUAGCUGUGAUAUGACGACAAUUAAUACGAUGUACUUAUCACCCAAACAAGAAAUGACGACUCUAUUUCUUAGCGAGAUUAAAUUCUAUUUGAUAUUGAAUACUCAAAUUGUCAGCAGUUAUUUUCAAUAUAGUCCUCAUCAAAAUGUUUACUCAAACCCCUAAUGUUCAAUGUAUAAUUGUGCAAUAAACCCCAUUUUAUUGGGCAACUUCAUCGAAAUAAAUGUACUAUCAGAUUAUAGACUAUUGAUAUAAAAGGGGACUAAAGGCAGGCACAGGGAGGGCCUAUUUGUGGUCUCACAGUGAGCGCCUAUUUGUGGUCUCACAGUGAGCGCCUAUUUGUGGUCUCACAGUGACUAUGUCCACAAUAGGGAACUGAUCUGGUUUAACCCAGUAAGUCAAAUAUUCCUUGUACAAGUGUGAAUAGUGUCAGGUGUGCUGUGUGAUACUGGAGACUUUUAUUGGUGGCUUUGUAUACCUUAAUCUGGCCCACCUAGUGCCUGCCUAUAUUCUCCCUUAAAGCACUUACAUGUAUUAUUAUUCAAAUGUUAAAAAAUCCCUUCUGCAUAAUUUUUUUAAUGGGAUUGGGAAGUGGUCGCGUAAAUGAAAAGGCACAGGUUACUUGGUAUGAUAUCAGCUUUCAAAUACAUGAAAUUGCUUGAAUUUGAACAAUACACCUUGAUACACUUAUGGAAAGACAAAGUUUAAAGAUACUUGUCAACUUCAUAUAGGAAAGAGUAGCAGCUGUUUUUGAUUUCGAAGUGUUCAGGCUAGGUUUGUGAGUGUCAUCCUAAAAUUUUAAUUAACAAAACCAGAUUUUCCUGUUGUGGUGUGAAAUCUCAGGAAAUGUUCUGUCUGUGGUUCCAUGAUAAAGGGUUAAGUGGUUGUAGUGCUGAUGUGGAAUUUAUGUUCAAAUAAUAUCAAUACUAUUGACAAAACUGGCCUAUUAGAGACCUGGAGUUGAGCAGUCCAGGUGUGACACAAUCACCCAUUGAUGUCUGUACGAAGAACAUGUAAUUCUAUGAAAAAAAGUUGCAAAAAAUAAAUCGUCUAGAUUUUAAA